AUGCUGUUUUCAAAGAAGCAGAUAAUCCGCAACAUACGAAGGAAACCUUUGACCUUGCUUGGGCUUGUACUGCUUGUGGUGGUCAUUUAUUUUGUUUUCACGAGUGCGUUUCUGGUGUCAAGCUUGAGAUCAACAAAGAAAUACUCAUAUAGCAAAAAGGGCAGAACCUGGCUUUCUCCCAAGAAUAAAGACCUGAUAAUCUUGCACAAUCUCCCAGACAACCACAUUGCCCAUUACGACUUGAAUAAGUUGGAAGCUACUGCUGACGUGUUGGGUAACGAAGGAGAGGUGUUAAUUUUGACCCCCAUGGCGAAGUUUUUGCCAGAAUACUGGGAUAAUUUAAGCAAACUCAGUUAUGAUCACAGUAUGAUCUCGUUGGGCUUCAUCUUUCCCAGAAACGCCGACGGCGAUCAGGCGCUUAAACAAUUAGAACAGGCAGUGAAGCAAACACAGGGAACGAAGAAUAGAUUCAAAAAGAUCACUAUUUUAAGACAGGACACGGAUGCGUUGGACCUGCAACUCGAAAAAGAGCGCCACGCUUUGAAAGUGCAAAAGGAACGUCGUGCAAUGAUGGCGUUAGCAAGAAAUUCUUUGCUCUUCAGUACCAUUUCGCCUAGGACGUCUUGGGUGCUUUGGUUGGACGCUGACAUUGUCGAGACUCCACCAACUCUUCUUCAUGACCUCAUUGCCCACAAAAAACCAGUUCUUUCAGCGAAUGUCUUCCAGAGGUACACUGAUAACGGGAAACCUGCCAUCAGACCGUAUGAUUUCAACAAUUGGAUUGAAUCCGAGGACGGAUUGAAGAUUGCCGAGGGAAUGAAUGACGAUGAAAUCAUCGUCGAGGGAUACGCCGAGUUGGCUACGUACAGACCGUUGAUGGCUCAACAUUACGAUGAAAACGGCGAUAAGAACGCCGAGAUGCCUCUAGACGGAGUUGGAGGAGGAGCCGUGUUGGUGAAUGCAGAUGUGCAUAGGGAUGGUGCCAUGUUCCCGCCCUUCCCCUUUUAUCACUUGAUCGAGACUGAGGGCUUUGCUAAGAUGGCAAAACGUUUGGGCUAUGAGGUAUUUGGUUUACCAAACUACUUGGUUUACCAUUACAACGAAUGA